GGUGGCUCUUAUUCAGGUGGCUCUUAAGGAGUUGUCUUGCACUCCAGCCGCUUAGACGCAUCUUCUUCCCUCAGCCGCUUCCCAUUUCGACUGCUCUUAAGGGCUCCGGCUUUAUUCAGCUGCGAAAGCGACCGGGUGGUGACGGAAAAGCCCCCGGUUCGGAUUCCAAAAUAGCCGUUUCCCAAACUAGGGUCUCCGGGUUCCCCCCCCCCAAAAAAAGAAAAACACUACAGCUCCCAUCAUUCCUAGCUAGCAGGACUCGUGGUCAGGGAUGAUGGGACUUGUAGUCCGAAAACAGCUGGAGACCCAGGUUUGGGGGGAAACGGGUUGUAUCUGAUACUAAUUGCACUUGCUUCUGAGGAAAUGUGCCGCAGAGAGAAUUGUCAGUGCAACUAAGAAGACAUGAUAGUAGUUGGAGAGCCCAAUACGUUUUAGGAUUAAAUUGUGCCCCUCUUGGUGGUAAAAUGCAAUUGUUUCUGGAAUAUGUCAUACUUUGCUGCACUUCACUGUUACCUCAAAAUCUGCUAUCUGAAGCAUAUUUGAUGUAUCACCCUGGAAGUCGUAGUGGCAGACCUGAUGACAGCACACAGGAAAUAAUCAAAGCUUUUUAUAUUUAAUAGGAAAAUUAUGGGAAAGUAGAAGCAUUUCUCAAUGAAACAUCUUCUGGAGUCAGCCUUCUGUAAAUACUGCCUUGCAGUAUGAUGUCAUUUCUCUGCAUUAACAGAAAAUGUUGGAGGGUCCCAAUGUUGUUGAGAGGAAUGUUGAACCAGGAAGGAUUCAGGUUUAGAUCACUUACUGCUUCGUGCUCUCUUUAUGGGAAGAAGAAAACAACCAUCCGGUAUGAAAACAUUGACCAAGAAAAAUACAGAGAUUUGAUCAACUACCUCACAUCCUACAAAGACAGUUCUCAAAGACCUGAAUUGGUAUUUGAAGAAGGUAACAUGCUAAAUAGACCAGAAAGGAAAUAUAAGAACUCAGACCAGGCGGAUGAACCAAAAGUUUGUAGGAACUGGAGUCCUCUAAUGAAUCCCAAUAAGAACUCUUUGCCUCAGGAAACUGCUCCAGGACAGCCUUUGCAAAUUAGAUUGCAAAGGAAAAACUUGGCUAGUGUGACAGCUGUUCUGCAACAGACCAUGCCUGUGGAGCAAGCUUUUUAUCUGGAGAAGUGGAAACAGCGGAUGAUUCUAGAACUUGGGGUAGAGGGUUUUGCCGAAUACACUAAAAAUAUAUUUCAACAAGGUAAAUUCUUCCAUGCAGCCAUGGAAACUUUACUUUUAGGUGAAGAAAUCUCUGUGGAGCAGGAAGAAGACCCCAAUGUAUCUGGCUACAUAAGAAGUGUACAGCAUGUGCUGCAACAUGUUACUGGAGUGAGAGUCCUUGAAAGUGCGGUACAGCAUGAGACCCUUCAUUAUCAAGGCCUAGUGGAUUGUGUGGCAGAAUAUCGAGGGAAAUUAUGUGUAAUUGAAUGGAAGACAUCAGGGAAAGUGAAACCAUUUCUUCGGAAUACGUUUGACAAUCCACUCCAGGUUGCAGCAUACAUAGGAGCCAUUAACCAUGAUGCCAAUUACAACUUUCAGGUUGACUGCGGCCUCCUUGUGGUCGCCUACAAAGAUGGUUCUCCUGCACAUGCACAUUACAUAGACUCUGAGCUAUGCUGUCAGUACUGGAACAAGUGGCUGCUUCGCCUCGAAGAAUAUAAAGAGAAAGACUUUGGAAUUGUGUGACCCUUUUUAAAUUUAAGUCCCUUUAAGGCAGACUUUUUUACUUUGAAGCAAAUGAAGGAACUAAAUGCUACCAGUGAGUGGUAGUGGGUGGUAUUAAGCUAAGAGUUACUCAUUCUGGCAGCCGUGGUUGCAUACAGAAUUUCCCUUCUGGUUAAUUCUGCUUAGCUGAGGUACAAUUGGCUGCCUGGGCCUCUGAUGGAGGGAGCACAGCUGUGCCUUCUCCCUCUGACCAGCCAUCGUCAUCCCACCCCCAGUCCCCUGGGGGUUCCCUUGGGGGUUCCCCAGCUGGUGCCUCCCACCACUCCUUUGCAUCCAUGACAGGUGAUUAACAACUCCAUCAUGGUGAAGAGAUCUUAUGCUGGGUCUACUGUAAAAAAAAGGCAGGGUGUAAUUAUUCUUGACACCAAAAUCAGUCAUCCCUGGGGUCAGGACUGCUCCUGCUAUAGAGGGAUUCCACUGUAAUUUCCACUGCAGGAAAGGUUUAUGAUGUGAAUCAUAUUCCAAGUAGCAGAUUAAAUUUGAAAUUGCACAAACCAGCCUUGCUCCAAACUGUUGAGGUGCUAUUUUGAGGUGACUUGACUACAAACAAUAUAUUCUAGGAAGACAUUGCCUGAAUGAAAAAUGGUUUGCAUAGACGGAUUACAUUGUGUUCCCAGGACAUAGCU